AUGGAAAUUAAAUUGCAAUUAUUUUUUUUGUACCUUGCUACAUUACAGUGCAACGGACAUCUUUUCAGUGAUUUAAUAUUAGGGACGCAUUCGAAAAUCCAUGAAGUUGCUGGAGGUUUGGUUGGUGGGAUCGCACAGGGACUUAAUUUAAAUUUCGAUGGAAAAUUUGAACUAAAUACACAGCAUCAGAGCCAACAAACGAACCCACCUGAAGAAAUCAUUGUUGUAGUUGAAGAGGAAAAUAGUCAUUCAGGACACCACCAUCACAGACCCCAUGAAUAUGAAAAGCCGCAUCAAAAUGAGCACAGACCAUAUAAUAAUAAUAACGGACAAUUUGGCCAUGGAUAUAACGAGAACAGGCCAUAUCAAAAUGGUCCAGGCAGACCAUAUAAUAACAUAAAUGAAAAUUAUGAUCACCAAAAUAAUAAUAACAAUUUAAAUCGUCCGCGCCCUAAUGGUCGUCCUCAUGACUACAAUGACAACAUCAACAACGGUAAUCAAGGAUAUGAUCAAUACCAGAACCAAGGUAAUAAGCCAAACAGAUACCCACAAAAUCCUAACAAUCAUGACAACUUUAACAACGGUAAUCAGGGAUAUCAGAACCACAACCAAGGUAACAAACCAAACAUAUAUCCACAAAAUCCUGGCAAUCCUGACUACAUCAACAACAGUAAUCAAGGAUACCAAGGUAACAAACCCAACAGACACCCACAAAAUUCUGGUAACCAAGACUACGUCAACAACGGUAAUCAGGGAUAUGAUCAGUAUCAAAACCAAGGCAGCAAACCAGAUAGAUACUCACAAAAUCCUAAUAAUUAUGAAAACAAUAACAAUCAUGGGGCAAACACGAAUAAACCGAUCCCGACAAAUAAUAAGGUUUAUCCAGGAUACAUAAAUAUUUAUGACGAUGAUAAAAACGUAAAUAACAAUCCCAAUACACAUGUUCCGAGUACAACAGAACUUUCGACUAGCAGAAAACCAAGCUCCACAAAGAAACCGGACGACGACGCGCCUCUAUUCGUUGCCCUCAAUGAAGAAAAUAAAGACGAUAAAACUAAUUCAGCCCCCAAACGGGACACUGAAAAGAACAAAGAGGAAGAGGAAGAGUUUGAGCUGGAUAUAAGAAUUAAACAA